AUGGCUCCCUCCAUCAUCCGGCUGGGCGCCACUGCCCUGGCUUGUGCCUCGAGCACACUCGCCCUCGAGGCCUACCAACUCAAGGAGUCCUACAACCCCUCCAACUUCUUUGACAAGUUCGACUUCUUCAGCGGACGCGAUCCCAACCAGGGCUUCGUCAAGUACAGGAACAAGGAAGAUGCCACCAGCCUCGGCCUUAUCAAGAGCACCGAGGACGAGGUGACCAUCAAGGUUGAUUCCAAGGCGACCGACCAGGACGGCCGGAGCAGUGUCAGGCUUGAGAGUCGCAACACGUACAACUCGGGCCUGUUCGUUGCCGAUUUCAGCCACUUCCCCAAGCAAGCCUGUGGUGCCUGGCCCGCCUUCUGGAUGGUCGGCCCCGAGUGGCCCCAGGACGGCGAGGUUGACAUCUAUGAAGGCUGGAACCUGAACGAGCGUAACAAGGUCGUGCUCCACACCGACGACCCUCUGUCGGUCGGCUCGUGCACCAUCCAACAGGGUGACUUCACGGCCAGCAUGAUCUACGAGAACUGCUGGAACAAGGCUCCGGGCCAGCCGGGCAACACGGGCUGUUCGGUCGAGGAGGCCGACGGCACCUUCGGCAACGCAAAUGGCGGCGUCUACGCCACCGAGUGGACGGACGAUGGCAUCAGGGUCUGGUCUUGGCCCUCCGGGGGCGCCCCGGCGGACGCGACGGGUGACAGCCCCGACCCGAGCAAGUGGGGCAAGCCCAAGUUCAUGGCCGGAGGCAACAAGUGCGACGUCAACAAGGCCUUUAACAACAUGCGCAUGGUGUUGAACAUCAACCUCUGCGGUGAUGCUGCGGGCGGCCUCUGGGGCGAGACCUGCAAGCAAAAGACGGAAUUCGAUGAGUGCUACGAGUACGUGCAGUGGAAUCCGUCGGCGUUCGAGAAGACGUACUGGCAGGUCCGCGGCAUCAACGUCUACCAGCUCGAGACGGUGAAGCCGGCCCCGAGCUCGACCUCGACCACUAGCACCUCCACCAGCACCAGCACUUCCACCAGCACUUCGACCACAGAGGCCCCGGCUCCCGAGACCUCGACCGUCGAGCCGACGUCGAGCACCUCGGCCGCUGAGACCAGCACUGUGCCUGAGGAGGAGCCGACCACCACCACCGCCUCGGAGACUGCCUCGGAGACUGUGACGUCGACUUCGUCGAGCGAGACCGCCGGCGAGACUGCCACCGAGACGGAGAGUGAGUGCUCGGAUGACGUUGCCACCUCUACCACCGAGGCUCCCGAGGUGAGCAGCACGGCGGCGACGGCUACCGAGACGGAAACCGAGAGCGAGUGCUCCGACGACAUCGCCACCGGCACCACGGAUCUGCCCGAGGUGACCGGCACGGCGACGGCCACGGAGACGGAGAGCGAGUGCACCGACGACGCCACCGAGUCGGCGACGGCGGAGCCCACCAACUCGGUCCCCGACGUGACGGGCACCGCGUCGGAGAGCUUCACCACCUCGACAAUCUACACGACCUCCACCUACACCAUCACCUCCUGCGAGCCCACCGUGACCAAGUGCCCCGCCCGCACCGUCACCGAGACCAUCCCCGUCUCCACCACCGUCUGCCCCGUGACCGACAUCGACACCGACACCGACGAGCCCACCGACAAGCCCACCGGGCCCAACCCCACCGGCUCCAACCCCACCGCCAGCGAGCCCGUCACCACCCUCCGCACGUCCACCACCAUCUCCAAGACCACCACCGUCGUCGUGCCCCGCCCGACCGACGACGGCAGCAAUGACAAUGAUGACAACGACGACGAGGAGGGUGACGACGAAGAGGAGGGCGAGGACACCCCCGGCCCCAGCCCCAGCGUCACCGACUCGGACGAGGUCGAGCCCACGGGCGGCGUGGUGCCGCCGCCCAUCGAGAUCGUCACCACCACGCCGCCCAACGCCACCCACACCACGGGCCGGCCGCCGCCCGUUGAGACGGCUGGCGCGGGCCGGGUUGUGGGCGGCGGGUUGUUGAUGGUCGUGGUGGGUGCCGUUGCGGUGAUGGUGUUGUAA